UUAUCCCUGCCAACUCCACUUCCCGACCCGUUAUUCUCUCUCGCGGUGUUGCCGGCUCCGAUGAAUCACCGCCAUCCAAUCUCCGCCCUUGUUCUCCUCCUUCCCUUGCUUCUACUCACCCCUCGGUGCUCAAUCGCCCAGUCCUCCCCUUCCUCCGGCCGCAACAACGACGACGACGACGACGACGAGUCUUAUUUCAACACGACGAAUUACAACGGUUCGAUGGCGAUCCUGAUCGUAGUGUUUAUCAUCGCGUUCUUCAUUACGGGGUUUUUUUCGAUGUAUAUCCGGCGGUGCACCGGCAACGGCACGGAGUCGGGCCGCGUUUCCGUGCGCGGCGGCGCCGGGUGGGGGCAGGAGGGGCUGGACCCAGCGGUGCUGGAGACGUUCCCGACGCUGGUUUACUCGGAGGUGAAGGGGCUCAGGAUCGGGAAAGAGGCGCCGGAGUGCGCGGUUUGCCUCAGCGAGUUCGAGGACGACGAGACGCUCCGGCUCCUCCCCAAAUGCAGCCACGUGUUCCACACCGAUUGUAUCGACACCUGGCUCGCCACCCACGCCACCUGCCCGGUCUGCCGCUCCAAUCUCGUCCCCGACCCCGACGCCCCACAAACCCCCGCAUCCAAUCUCCAACCGCCGGCGCCGGCGGCCGUGGAGGGGACGGUGGGUGGUGGGGAGAGGGCGGAUGCGGCGCCUGCGGAGCAGGUGGAGAUCACGGUGGACGAGGAGGCGGCGGAGAUGGAGAGGAGGGAGGAGGCAGCGGAGAUGGAAAGGAUCGGAAGCCGGAAGCGGGCGAUGCGGUCGAGGUCGGGAAGGCGGCCGGCGAGGUACCCGCGGUCGCACUCGACGGGGCACUCGGUGGUGCAGCCGGGGGAGAAUCUCGACCGGUUUACUCUCCGACUGCCGGAGCACAUCCUGAUGGAGAUCAUCGCCGCCGAGAAGCUCCACCGGUCGACGAGCUGCGUCGCUUUCCCGACCGCCGGGGAAGGGAGCUCGCGCCGGGGAUACGGCGGUGGUGGAGGGAGUGGAUGGGAGGGGAGUAGCCGCGGUGGGAGGAGCAUCCGGCUGGGAAGGUCGGGCCGGUGGCCGUCGUCGUUCUUCGUGAGGACGUUCUCGGCGAAGAUUCCGACGUGGAGGAGGGGGGAUGGGGAGGGCUCCGUGAAGAAGGGGGAUGGGGAGGGAUCCACGAGGGGGAAUCGCUUCGCCGUGGCGCCCUUCGACUGCCUCGACGGCGGCGGGAAGGCCGAACGCGUCGCCGACGAGGACGAAUCGUCCAGUGCCGCACUCGCCCGGCAGGUUUGA